GAGAUGGAGGGCUGCUGAGGGCAGGCUUCGGAAACGAAACAAUCACCCACCAUUUACAGCAUUCCACAUACCGCAAUGCAAGUCAUGAUCACCGUCUUGCUCAAGUUUGCAAACGUUCAUCACCCGGGGAGGGCAAAUGGAUAUGGGGAGUAAGCGGCUGUGCCCUUACUUGGGCGGCGUGCCUAAACACAGUCGCACGCCGCUUCCCUUGGCCCCAGCCCCGCGGCCGUCUAAUUUCUACGGCGCCUAAUAACCAGCACGGGUCUGCCCGGCCAUUCCUAGUUGCCGGGCAGAGACCACCCCCCGGGACGAAAAACACAAGAGUGACUCAAAACCGCGCUAGGUAGCAAAGCCUCCAUAAGCUUAUAAUCAAGUAGGGUGGGCGGGUGGGAAAAGACAAACUAGCCCUCGGCUCCCGAGCCGUUCACGGCUAGUACGCCAAAACGCAAAGUAAAGUAAAUAAUAGCUCGCACGAUACCGAUGCAACCAAAAACAGUCCGUCUUUCGAGCCACGUUCACGCAUUGGGGCCCAUCUUCCGACACACGGCGGUUCCCCCGCCCUUCUCUCCUCGGCCUUCGCCUACCAAGCAUGCGCGUCCUCGCCAGCCUAUUUCUCCGCUUCCCUCCUUCAAAACCUGUCUUAAGUUCCGUUCAAGUUGACUAGAAGCUCCACUUAAAACCGCCCUUUUAUAAAGUUAUAGCUAUCAAUCCUAGGUGGAAUCGCUGCCGCCGCACCUGCUUUUACCCAGCUGUCUUCUAAAUUUGCAGAUUAUCUUUGCCCUCCACUAUCGAUUAUGGCGCAUCGACAGCGCCUCAGUUACUGCACACGGUCAAAAGCAAGGCUAGAGAGGGACAAGUGGCAGCGUGUGUGGAUCCCGGAGCUGGUGGAGCGCAUUGCGAGCUUCCUUCCGCAAAAUGAAGUAUUGCUUACGCUGCGUCUGGUCGACAAAACCACAGCGGAGCUCCUGUCUCAGCACCGGCUGGUGAAGGCGUGGGAACCGCUGCCAGCACAUGCGCUUUGCCGGCUCCACCCCGCCGAACUGGAACAGCUCCGGAACCGCUCUGCCAGUGAGCGCCGGCAGCUGGUGUGCGCCGUGGCUGCCACCGGCAGUCUGGAGGCAGUGGAUGCGGCCCUGGAGGCGACACAGCUGACCCCGGGAGCCUGGCUGGUCUGGGCCGCUGCCAGGGCGGAGGGCCUGCGCCCUGGCGUCGCACUGGCGUUGUGCAAGCGCCUGUGCGCGAGGGGCUGUCCCGUGGAGGGGGACCCGGGCUACGUGUACAAAUGGUACCCCACACUCCAACACGCUGCCAAAGCCGGGAACGCUGACGUGUGCGAGUGGCUGCUCGCGCGCGGGCGCUGUCGUUGGUUGGCGGAGGCGGUGUAUAACGCGGCGGCCGCCGGGCAUGUGGGGCUGGUGCGGGUGCUGCUGGCGCGCUGCCCGGGCGAGUGCAAGCGCAUGCUGCGCGUUGGCCGCCUGCUUGCCAGCGCAGCUGGGGGCUACCCUCUACCGGCGCUGGAGGAGCUCUACAACCACUGGCUUGGAACGCGGCGAGCGCAGCUGCGGGGGCGGGGGCAGCGGCAGGCGGCGUCACGUGGGCCGGUGAACUUCGGUCCAGCCUUCGAUGAGGAGGGGCCCGACGGCUUUCACUGCUCUGUCAGCAGCAGCGAUUUUGAGAGGGUGCUGGCGGCAGCUGCGGGCAGUCCCAUGGCCUGCUGGCUGGGCAAGCUAGACGCGCUGCUGCAGUGGCACUGCGGCGACGCGGGGCCUGGGCUGCUGGCGAGGAGCCCCUCCGUCCUCGACCACGUGUUCGGCGCCGCCAUGGAGCAGCCAGACGGGCUGAGCCGCGUGCGGCUGAUGUGGGAGCAGCGCGGCUGGCGGCCCCAGGACUUGAGGCCCGCGGCCGCGGCCGCAGCGGCCCGCGGCGACAUGCCUGGGCUCCGUCACCUCUACGGCGAGCUCGGUGUCACCACCGAGACCCGGCAAAUCGAAUGGUAUGAUCCCUGCGCGCCGCUUAAAGCAGCGGCUCAGGCCGGGCAUCUGUCGGCCCUGCAGCUUCUGCUGUGCACCUACCGCCAGGGCUGCACGUCCAAGGCCUAUGACCAGCUAGUCAAGGCGGCGGCGGAGCGGGGCCACGUGGACAUUGUCCGGUGGCUGAUCGAGCAGCCGGCGCCGCUGGUGGUAGACAUGAUCAUGGCCGAGGUGCCGGGCGCCGACAGGGAGAGGGUGGAGAUGUCCGUUCGGCGGAGCGCAGCGCGCAUGGCUCUGGACACGGGCGUGUGCGGCGGGCGGCCUGAGGUGGUGCGGUGCGUGCUGCAGCUGGGGAUGGAGGGGGUGGCGCCCGGCAGCCGUGGGCACAGGAGGUCGGGCUCCAACUCCUGGACGCAGGCGGCGCUGUCGGGCAGCGCGGCCACACUGCAGGCGAUGGCGGAGGCGGGAUAUGCCGUGUAUCACUGUGACCUGUACGAGACCGCUGCGCCGCACCUGGCCGUGCUGCGCAUGCUGUGUCGCCUGCGCUGCCGCGGCCCCGGCGCGCACCUGGCCCUUGCCGCGCUGCUUGAGGACCCGGCCGUGCCGCUGAGCGAGCUGAGGUGGCUGCUGGAGGGAGAUGAUGAUGGCGCAGUGGCGGGGCCGUCGCGGGCUGCGGCACCGAGCAGGGACAGGGGCAGGCGGGCAGGCAACGGGGGAGGAGGGGCAGCAGAGGGCCCGGCGGCUGAGGCGCUGCGGUAUGAGGGCGAGUGGCAGCAGGCGGUGGAGGCGGCGGGGCGGCGGGGCCGGGGGCGUGAGUCGCGGGAGCUCCGGGUGUGGCUGCAGGCGUGGCGGCAGGCGCAGCAGGGCAGCAUGCUUCCGGGGCGCAAGCCGACAUACAUCACGCUUUGUUGAGGAGUGGUAGAUUGUGUAGGGCCGGGGCAGCCGCUGUUGAGAGCCCAAUGAAGGAUGGUGCCUGUAGUGAAGAAUGUCCCUUUAAAGUGCAUUGAGCUCACGCCAUGUCGAGCUAACGUAUCGUAUGGCAUGCAACGAGGCCGGUUGGUUUGUUGACGUUUUGGCGUGUGGAAGUGUGGGACGGGCGCAGGUGACACGCUGCCGUUUGUCGCAUGGCAGCAGCCCCAGCGCGGGUGUAUCGGUUCUUCAGUUGGCGGCAGUUGCGGGAGGCGCCAGACUGGUGUGGGCUUGGGAAGCGACUGAUGAGCGGCCCGGCUUGACACAGGACUCGUUGAAACUGGAAUGGCGUUAUAAAUACAUGCGUCGGGCUUCGCUGCUGCUUCGAUUUCAGGGGUGCGAGAGCGUCCGAGGCAGUAGUUGGCACCUAGACCGUGGUGGACUAGGUGAACCUGCGAACGCUG